AUGGGUAGUGGUGAAAUCCUUAGCUCUCCUUUUGCAUUCUACGCUUUUUACCAGCUUUUUUCGCGCUUGGAUACGUCAAAUAGCAAGAAAGAUGCGACGGGGAACGUAACUUUUGAUCAGAUCGCCUAUGAGUUGUUUCCUGGCACUCAAACAGACGCUGCGUCGGAGAAAACUUCUCUAUUCAUCACCUGGAAGAAGAAAAGCAAAGGGUCCAGCGAAUUUCAGCUUCGAGGAUGCAUUGGGACGUUUGCCAAGUUGCCCUUACUAAGGGGUAUCGAAAAGUACGCGUUGAUAGCAGCCUUCGAAGAUCACAGGUUCCCUCCGAUCUCGGCAGCCGAGGUGAAAGACCUCCAGUGCAGUUGCAACGUAUUACACGAGUUCCAGUCGAUCUACGCGGCAGGUAAGGGGGACAUUUACGACUGGGAACUCGGGGUACACGGUAUCGAGCUCAAGUUCCGCGAUCCGCACAGUUCCCGGCUCUUAAGCGCGACUUUUUUGCCCGAAGUGAUGCCCGAGCAAGAUUGGGACAAACGCGAGACGUUUGUCAACCUGAUCGAGAAAGCAGGCUGCUGGCAGUUCGCAGAGACCGUAAUGGACAAUUACGAGAAAUAUUUCGUGGACGUGAUCCGGUACAGGGGCGACAAGAGCGAGAUUUCCUAUCCAGAGUUCCAUCGCGGGCUCAAGGCGCUGCUGGCGGACCCGUCUCGAUGA